UAAAUUCUAACGGGACUAGACAGGGUAGAUGCAGGCAGGAUGUUCCAGAAUUUGGGGUCAUAGUCUGAGGAUUUGAGGUGGACCAUUAAGGACAGAGAUCAGGAGACAUUUCUUCACCCAAAAAGAUUGAUGAGCCUGUGGAAUUCAUUAUCACUGGAAGUGGUUGCUGCCAAAAAUUGAAUGUAUGCAUAUGGCAGCUAGAUCUAGCAAUUCGGGUGAAUGGGGUCAAAGGUUAUGUGGGAGACGACUAUAUCAGUCACGAUCGUGAUUAAUGGCGAAGGAGGCUUGAAGGGCCGAAUGGCCUCAUCCUGCUCCUGUUAUCUAUGUUGUUAUGCUUGAUAUUGUUCCAGCAAUACCUUUACAUUUACAUUCAACACCUCACAUAAUGAAGGAAAAUCUCCCACAUGCCCUUCUCUACUACCUUAUCUACUUAUCCUGCGACCUUCAGGAACCUGGAUUUGGUGGAAAUACUUUUGGGGAGGUGCUGAUGUGGAUUUGCGAUGACCAGUCAAGCAGCUAUUGUGUUCGCGAACUUGCCUAUGUGGGAGGAGAAUUCGAUGCUGUUUUAAUGAUCAGUUACUCAACUGGCAGCUCCGAAAGUAUUCCAAAGCGUCAGCAUUGCAAUACAGAUGAAGCAACACUGAUGAAGCAAUACCUCGUGAUGCAACUUUAGCUGCACCGCAGGAAUUACUGGAGAUACAGCAGUACUAACUCAGAGUUGCACUCUCUUUACUGAUGCUUCCCUGCAGCAGUAGCGUCUUAUUAUAGAAAGUGUGUUUAUAGGGCAAAGCUUGCUACUACUGCAAGUAACUAGCUACCUUGCUAACCUCUCUCCCCCUCUAUGGCUGGCUUAUUCUCAAUUGCAGCUUUUAUAUAGGGCUCUAAAAAUAGAUGGUCUUACCACACCAUAUAAGGUUGCAGGGUGACCAGGCUGCAACCAAUCAGCGAGUGCGUCUCAUCCGCCGUCGCACAGUGGGUGGGUGUAAACUCUGCCUCCAGGUCUGCAAUUGGUCUUGAGUUACAUCACCGCCCUUACACGGAAGCAGGCAGCCACUGUGAUUGACAGGAGCUGCUCGCUCCUCCUUCUCCUGUGUUCACGAUAUGUGUUUUUCUCCUGCUUGUCUCCCCCUUUGCAUUGGAGCCCAGUGGUGCGUUCUGCUAAAGAGGCAGGGAGAGAGAGCGAAAAAAAUAAAGCAAGGAUUGCACUGGAGAAGCAUCGCUAAUGCGGAAAUACAUGGACAUCACAUGUCCCUGAGUCCAUUCUUGUCCAAAGAGCUGCUGGCGUCGGAGUCUGCAGAAGGAUUCCAAAUCAAAGACACUGACUUUGUAAUUUAUUAUUUUUAAAAAAGAACAAGAGAGUUUAGCUUUGCAUUUGGCUGAAUUGGCAAAGACUGGCUGCCUUUUGGGGUGCAAAUUGCACAGGAAUCCGAUCUGUUUUUUUAUUGCCAUCAAUAAUCAUCCCUUCCCUUCUUUCCUUUCUCCCCUCCCCUUCCUCUCUCCCACCCCCUGUCCUUUCUAUCCCCCUGCCUCCCUCCCCAUCCUAUCAUCACCACCAUGGAUGUUUUGGCGAAUUACAGUAUUUUCCAGGAAUUACAACUUGUCCACGACACAGGUUAUUUUUCUUCACAGCCUUCUUUGGAGGAGAACUGGCAGCAGACAUGCCUCGAGCUGGAGCGUUACCUUCAGACGGAGCCCAAGAAGCUGGUGGCGGAGCCCUUCCUCGAGGAGCUGGACUGGAUGCUGAGCGCCUCGGCUGGAGCAGGCAUCGAAGGCGGGGAGGCGGCUCGCCCCGGGCCUGGCGGCCAUCUCCCUCUCCUCGGCGAGCUGCCUUCCACCCCCACCUCGUCGCCUCCGCCACCGCCGUUGGAGGAGGAGGAGGAGGAGCUGCACCUGCAGCAGGGUCCAGGGCCGUUCGCCUUCCCGAGCGCGGCCGAAGCCCCGGCGUCCGUUAACGCCGCGCGCCUCAAAGCGGUCACGUCACUGACGCCGCCGUCGUCGCCCGAGCUCGGCCGGCACGCGGUGAAGCCCGCGAGCGGCGUGGCGGAGCUCGAGGCCAACAAGGCCGCUCACCGGAAAGCUGGCCUCGGCCUGCUCAAGGUCAUGAGUGAGAACGGACAGGGAGAGCUCGACACCUCGGCCGACAACAAGAAGAGGGUCCAUCGCUGCCUGUUCAAUGGCUGCCGGAAAGUUUACACCAAGAGCUCGCACUUGAAAGCCCACCAGAGAACGCACACAGGUGAGAAGCCAUACAAGUGCUCAUGGGAAGGUUGUGAGUGGCGUUUUGCACGGAGUGAUGAGCUCACCCGACAUUAUCGGAAACAUACGGGGGCAAAGCCGUUCAAGUGUAACCACUGUGACAGGUGUUUUUCCCGAUCUGAUCACCUCGCUCUUCACAUGAAGAGACAUGUUUGAGAAGAUACCGAACUCUACACAACACCAUGACAUGACUGUUAGCGGGGAAAUGACCUGUUCCUCAAGAACACAGACAUGUGGUCAACUUGUUGCCAUGUUGCAGUGAGCAUGUGUGCAUACAUGUUUGCGCGCGCACACACACACUAUAGUUGUAUACACACCCACACACACUCUAUAUCUUGGUUAUGCCUUAUCCAGUCUAUCGGUCAGUUAGACACUGCCAAAUGAUUACUGAUUUCAAUCGCAUUUGGAUUUCUGUUGCCAUGGAAACCAAAGGGGAUUACAAACUUGAGACCACCUUCCAAGCCUUCACAGUGAGAACAGUUGGUCUACUCGCAAACCAAUUGGCCUUCCAGUCGUGGAUGUCCAGCUCCCGUCGGGGAUCAUCUCCACAUUGUCAGUGUUCUGCUGUUCAGACAAUAGGUGUUUGGGGAAGGACACAUCGAGACCACCUACAAGGAGAAGGAAAUGGUGGUUACAACCCAGUUCUGCGUUUCUGUCAUGUGUAACCUGGUUAUCGUCAGGUGUGGCCAAUGCCAACCCAUCGUGGGCCUUUUCAGCACUUGCAGCCGAGUGGGAUUUCCUUUAACGCAGGAGAAGCACGCCUGCUCCUCAGUUGAAGAGGACACCCAGUGUAGUGAAGUUUGAACAAUACAAACAAACGGUUGCUGAUGGCGUCCUGUUCAUUUUCGCUUGUAUACCCAAUGCCUGUCCCCACACACUGCACAUUUGGAAGGAUCAAUGGCUGCUGGCACCAUUCUGGGCUAAUCCAAAUACAGCCGCAGCUAGGCUUGUGGGAAUGGGCUGAAUCACCCCCCUCCCCUUCAAAUGUGCUCCUCCCAAAUCUUUGCAUUGAACUGGUCUGAAAUAGAUGUGAAUUAACUAAUUUAUAAAUGGUUUGCUUGGACCUUGCCCACCGCAGACUGACUGCACAGACUUGGUCAAUGUUGUGGGGUUGGGGGCAGGGUGGAUGGGUGGGUGGGCAGUGGUUAUGUUGGGAUGUGAGGGCAUGAAAGGGAGGAGAGGGUAGGUGCGGGAUUUAUUUUACCGAAAAGGCUGAUGGGAGGCUUGCACCUUCACAUCAGCUCAACUAUAAACAUUUGGUUUGUAAAUGGCGAUUUCUAAUUGACCCUCCAUGUAGAUUGAGGGCCUAUUGUAAUUGUAACUAGGUGAAUUUAGUUUAAAGUUGGUGAAAUCGCUCUUCUCCCAGUCAGAUAUUCAUGUGUUCUUCCCAGCUGCCAAGCUACAAUAUGAUUCUGAGCUUUUGAGGUACACACGGGUUGACACAGUCAAAUCACUUUAUCGGCCUUUUUACCCCCUUUCUCUCUCUCUCUCUUGCUUUGGAGGAAGUCUUUUUACUCGCCUCGUUGUCUAGCUAAUGCCAAGGAGUGCCAAGCUAAGUCGCCCUCCAGCUGACUGCCUUGUCUUCUCUUAACGCACUGUUCCUGGCCAGUGAGACAAACCAAAGAUUGGGACAGACAUUUGAUAAUGAAGAGCACCAGUUCUCUCACUCUCUCUUGCUCUCUUUCGCUGUCUCUCACUGUCUCUUCCUUUUUAAAAGAUAAUUUAUUUAACUCAAGUAUUUUCGCAGUCACACAACACAGUUCAGUCAUUCCACUCGUGUCCGCUGGUAGUUUAGUAAGAUUGUUUCAUGCUGAGUUCUGAUGGCUGGAAGGACCCGUCAGAUCUGCCACCUCCUAUAGACUUCUGCUGGACUGACUUUCUCAGCUUGACUUUCAACUUCCUUUUUCUGUUUUGAUGCCUGAUUGAGGCCUUUCAAUGUUUGACCCACCCUUGGCCAUUACAAAAUUCUGACUUGUGCACUUCUAUGCAACUUCUUGUAGAGUUGAUCCUGAUGCCAUUGCAUUGAAGGUGCAGUGUUCUGGUCACCUGAGAACAUGGGAAAGGUGACUCGUUGAAAGAAGCCUGAUAAUUUGCAUAUCUGAGGUUCAAACCUGUAUGAGAGUUAGACCGUGGACAACUUGUGUAUCUGUGGCAAAUCUAGUCAACUACAUGGCCUGCUUUUCCAGUCUAGUUUCCACGGUCUCUUCUCAAAUGGUUCAAUAGGCCCUGUAUCUCUGAGAAAGGUGUUCUACAGCUGGAAAUUGAUAGGACAAGUAUAUGAAAUUUCACACUUCCUUCCAAUGAAUUGAGAGAGAGCAUUGAGCAGGCAAGCAUCUUAUUUAUGGCUUAAACUAGAAGAAGGGUUCCUAGAGUUGGCAGCUUUUAAAGCAAGGAAUAGAGAAAUUUGAUGCUGAGGAGGGGGGGAGAUGGGUGAAGUUGAAGGAAAAGAGAAUGUCUUGAAGCGAGUAAGAUUUAAUAAGCAACUUAUUUUACAUGAGAUAGUCUUGUCUCUCCAAAUUGCACAAGUCUUUAAGAAUAAACCUACUUUCCAGCAGUAGCUGUACGUGGACACCAGAUGACCACCUGUGAGCUCUGUCAUUACUGACCAGUUUACCCUUUUGCCCCAAAUGAACUUGCCACUGAUUCAUUAUAUUGACAGCAUGGGGUACAUUACUGGCAGUUUACCAGGGACCCAGAAGGGAAAAUCAACUCAACCCAACGUGGUACACACUCUCAGUCCAAGUGGUGAACAUACGACCAGGUUCUGAUGCAUUGAGAAUUGUGCCUUAUGUAGAUGCUUGCCCUUGCCUCUGUUGUGCUGGCUGCUGCCCCAUAUCCUUUGAAGCAUCGAUCUACAUGGCGCCACAUGACUUUCACUUUGUUCUCCAAUCAGCUCUUCUGAUGCACUCCAGCAUUCUCAUCCUGGUCAGUUAGUUUGACACUACAGUGCCUGUCAAACAGUUGAGAAUGCACCUGGUUGAUUUACCAUUACUAAUCCUUUGCAGCAUAGUCUGUUCUCAGUCUCAUAUCUUUUUGU